AUGUUCGUCUAUCAUUUUGUAGAGGAAAAUGUUGUGGAUCUAUAUUUAUCCACGGGCCUUUCAUUCCGAAAUUUAGCUGUUACAUUAAGAAUGGGCGCUUCGACCGUUGGAAAAAUUGUACACGAAACCUGUAAAAUAAUUUGGGAUGAACUUGUUAUCGAAUUUAUGCCAGUCCCAAGUCAAGAACAAUUGGAAAAAAUUUCAGAUGAUUUUUAUAGGCGUUGGAAAUUUCCCAAUUGUAUAGGAUGCAUUGAUGGAAAGCAUUGUCAAAUCAAAUGUCCUGUGAAUAGUGGCUCAAGCUACUUCAAUUAUUUAAAAUAUUUUUCAUUAGUGCUUCAAGGUGUUGCAGAUGCUGAUAAAAAAUUUAUUACUAUUGAGGUGGGAGCUAGGGGCAAACAAAGUGACGGAGGAAUAUUUGCAGCAUCUACACUUUUUCAACUUCUAAAUACAAAUACAUUUAAUGUGCCUCCUGAUAAAGAAUUACCUGGAUCUACAAUAAAACUACCCCAUGUAUUAAUAGGUGACGAAGCGUAUCCUUUAAAGAAUUUUCUUAUGAGACCUUUCCCUAGUCGAAACCUCAACUACAUCAGAGAAAAUUAUAAUAAGCGCUUAUCUGCAGCCAGGAAAUGCGUAGAAUGUGCUUUUGGCAUAUUACGCGCGAAAUGGCGAAUUUUGGGAAAAGACAUUGAAGAAACCAAUCAAAUGAAUUUCAAGAAAGAUAUAAUCACGGUGGUGCUCGUAGAGGAUCAAUUAGAGCAAAAGAAAUAA